UGUCAGGAAUUGUGAAAAACUGAGUUUAAAUGUAUUUGGCUAAGGUGUAUGUAAACUUCCGACUUCUACUGUAUAUUUUUUAAAGGCAUCCUCAGUCGUUAGAUCCACUGUCUUGAUCAAUACUCGUCUCAUUGAAAGCAUUGCUCAAAUAGCAUCACAGCAGACAAGAUGACAAGACUCAAAUAGCAAACCUCAGUGUCAGAGCUGGCACACAGUUCGAAGAUGUCCUCCGGUGAAGUUUCAAUUCUUUCCCUGUGAUAUGAGAAAAAAAACAAUGACUUGACGGAAAUAUGGCAAUACAGAAAGAGUACUGUAUUGGUGAACCAUUGAAACACUUUUUGCUGUGAUCACUCACCGAGACAGAGCUGUUGCCAGACUGGUCUGGUUUACAGCAGGGAUUGAUAGGACAAAACAAUCAUUAGUACUCCUAUACUAUUUGUGCAGCAGUCAACUCUUUAUUACCACGUGCCAUAUAAUGACAUAGCUUGACAGAGUUGGACACAGUGUGGGACUAGGUUGAAGGAGCCCCACUGAGUAUGGUUAAGUUACCCCUUCAUGUGUGUUAAUGCUUACCUCUGUGCUGCCUGCAGUUGCCAGAGUAGGGGACCUUGGCGGAAACAAUCAGUUGCUCAUCUUAAAAACCCAAUGUAUCAUAAAUAACCAUAUAGACUGCCAAAUAAAGCAUAGGGUACUUACAGUGAUGAGGUCUCCAAUGCAGCUAGCACGUCGAGAUCUAGUGGAGAAAUACAUUCCAUGAAUUCAUACAUUCUUUUACAGCAGCCUGAUCUCAGACUAGACUUAACAUAGUAAAUGUAAACAGAGACACUGAAAUUAGUAUGAUCGGUUACAUAGGACAGGUUUCUUAAAGCAAAAACAAAAGUAGGGCGAAGUCUAGCAAACAAAAUAUUGCGUGUUCGAAUCAAAGACAACUGUAGCAACUUUGUAACUACAUAGUAUGUUAGCUAAUCCUUCCCCUAACUAUAGCUCCCUAGAUAACAACGCCAAAACAAACUGGAAUUUGUAACAUAUUAAAAGAAAUGGAUGAACAUCUACCAAAUUAAUAUACACCAUAUUGGAGUGUCCAAGAUGUACAAUUACUAUGUUACCUCUACCCCAGAGUCAAGGUUGUUUAAAAGGACACUUCGGGAUUUUGGCACUGGGGCCCUUCAUCUACUGCCUCAGAGUCAGAUGAAAUUGUGGAUACGAUUUUUAUGUACAGUUGAAGUCGGAGGUUUACAUACACCUUAGCCAAAUACAUUUAAACUCAGUUUCACAAUUCCUGACAUUUAAUCCGAGUAAAAAUUCCCUGUCUUAGGUCAGUUAGGUUCACCACUUUAUUUUAAGAAUAUGAAAUGUCAGAAUCAUAGUAGAGAGAAUGAUUUCUUUCUUUCAUCACAUUCUCAGUGGGUCAGAAGUUUACAUACACUCAAUUAGUAUUUGGUAGCAUUGCCUUUAAAUUGUUUAACUUCGGGUAGCCUUCCACAAACUUCCACAAGCUUCCCACGAUAAGUUGGUGGAAUUUUGGCCCAUUCCUCCUGACAGAGCUUGUGUAACUGAGUCAGGUCUGUAGGCCUCCUUGCUCGCACAUGCUUUUUCAGUUCUGCCCACACAUUUUCUAUGGGAUUGAGGUCAGGGCUUUGUGAUGGCCACUCCAAUACCUUGACUUUAUUGUCCUUAAGCCAUUCUGCCACAACUUUGGAAGUAUGCUUGGGGUCAUUCUUCAUUCGGAAGACCCAUUUGCGACCAAGCUUUAACUUCCUGACUGAUGUCUUGAGAUGUUGCUUCAAUAUAUCCACAAUUUUCCAACCUCAUGAUGCCAUCUAUUUUGUGAAGUGCACCAGUCCCUCCUGCAGCAAAGCACCCCCACAACAUGAUGCUGCCAACCCCGUGCUUCACAGUUUCGAUGGUGUUCUUCAGCUUGCAAGCUUCUCCCUUUUUCCUCCAAACGUAACGAAGGUCAUUAUGUCCAAACAGUUAUAUUUUUGCUUCAUCAGACCAGAGGACAUUUCUCCAAAAAGUACGAUCUUUGUCCCCAUGUGCAGUUGCAAACCGUAGUCUGGCUUUUUUUAAUGGUGGUUUUGGAGCACUGGCUUCUUGCUUGCUGAGCGGCCUUUCAGGUUAUGUCGUUAUAGGACUCGUUUUACUAUGGAUAUAAAUACUUUUGUACCUGUUUCCUCCAGCAUCUCCAGAAGGUCCUUUGCUGUUGUUCUGGGAUUGAGUUGCACUUUUCGCACCAAAGUACGUUCAUCUCUAGGAGACAGAACUCGUCUCCUUCCUGAGCGGUAUGACGGCUGCGUGGUCCCAUGGUGUUUAUACGUGUGUACUAUUGUUUGUACAGAUGAACGUGGUACCUUCAGGCAUUUGGAAAUUGCUCCCAAGGAUGAACCCGACUUGUGGAGGUCUACAAUUGUUUUCUGAGGUCUCGGCUGAUUUCUUUUGAUUUUCCCAUGAUGUCAAGCAAAGAGGCACUGAGUUUGAAGGAAGGUCUUGAAAUACAUCCACAGGUACACCUCCAAUUGACUCAAAUGAUGUCAAUUAGCCUAUCAGAAGCUUCUAAAGCCAUGACAUCAUUUUCUGGAAUUUUCCAAGCUGUUUAAAAGGCACAGUCAGCUUAGUGUAUGUAAACUUCUGACCCACUGGAAUUGUGAUAAUGAAAUAAUCUGUCUGUAAACAGUUGCUGGAAAAAUUACUUGUGUCAUGCACAAGGUAGAUGUCCUAACCGACUUGCCAAAACUAUAGUUUGUUAACAAGAAAUUUGUGGAGAGGAUUAAAAACAAGUUUUAAUGACUCCAACCUAAGUGCAUGUAAACUUCUGACUUCAACUGUAUCUACGUACAGUAUGAAGGAAGUUCGAGGUAGUUUUGCGAGCCAAUGCUAACUAUUGACUGGAAGUGUAUGGGUAUAAGCUAACAAAUAUUGCCAAAAUCCCAAAGCAUCCCUUUAAUGUGGAAAUAAAUAUAGCAUAGCCUAUGUGAUCUGGUCUGAUACAUCAGUCUAUGAGAUUAAAGAACUGAACAUAUCUGAUUGCAAGGGUUCCAUGACGUGUUGUAUCGAUGUCUGGUCAUCUGAACGUACACUUUGCUGUGGGAAAGGGAAGAAUGGCAUAGCCUACUUUCAUAACUUAACAAUGGGCUUUUAAUGCUCGUAAAUGUAUUGGUAAAGCAUUGUCCUCAUAAUUCAACUGUCAUGUUAGGGGUUACCAGUAGUCGUUUGCUUUCAAAGACCCUCUUGGCAGCGUCCAGGAUGUCAUGCUUGGAAUCGAAGAUGAUCUGUACCAUCUUUCCCUUGGUCAUGCGAUAGGUGAGGGGGUUGGACAGGUGAACCGUCAGAAUGGUCUGAUUAUCACAGUCUGGAGGGAGAAUCAUGGUAAACAAUAUAAAAUGCAGCUCGUUACUUCUCAAAUAAAGGAAAAGCCCCAUAUCUUCAUUUCAGCAUCAAACUGAAGGGCUAAUGAUGCAAGAGGAAUUCUUCACUCACCACACACACUGAACCUAAAGACGUCUGCUCUUAGCAAAUGGAUUGAUUCCCACAGUGAACACUGUAGCGCCAGACGACAUGGCAGAGGGGGAAAACAAAUUUAAAAACCUCACUUAGGACAUUGUAUAUCUAGGAGCGACCCAUUAAAGUAAACACUACUGACAUUCAUUUAUCGCUGACGUACACUGGUGUGUGUGGUCUGGUCAGUCUCACCUCGGGGUUGUUGACAAAGAGGCUGAUACAGGACGUUCCUAGGUUGAAGUCCACCCAGAAAUGUUCCAGUUUCUCAUCCUCUGGCAUGAACAGCUGAAGACAAAGACAUUCAUUUGUAAGUGUUACACACCAUUGCCUGAGGGGAAUAUCAGACCCAAUUGGAGGUACCCAUGCAUGAGACAGUUGAGACAGUUAGCUUUAAAUAAGACAUUUGUAACUGCCACACAUUUAUCUUUAUAUUAUCUGGAGUGUCAUCCAUGUCCCCUUAUGACUUUGGAGCAGUGAUCCUGGGACUACUGCUGGGCUUACCUCAGUGGUGUCAAGAAACACACAGAUGCAGGGGAACGUGAACACCCUAUGAGAAACAAGCCAUUAUCUUACCAUGUGAAACUUGUGUUUGAUGCAAUUUAUUCUUUACAGAAUAAUAUUUUUUUAUUUAAAUAGUAUGAAAUGAGAAUGAGGUGGGUGUUUGAAAUGUAGAGAAAAAUAGUGUGGACUCCCCUUCUUUCAUCUCCAAAAUAGCUGUUCAAGUCAUUGAGAAAAGUUCUGCAGUCCUAUUUUUCAACAGAGCAAAAAAAUUAAGGCUAGUCUUUGACAGUUAAGACAUAUAUGUUUUACCCCAAAUAACAGUCCUCUUUGAAUGCCACUAUCAACAUUUAAAUUAUUUAUGGGGGAGGUUAGAACUCAGACUUAGAGAAACUUACUAUCUCAAAUUCUGUAUCGUUUAUUGCGUUGAAGCCCUCUGCAAAAACUGGGUUGGCAAACCACUUGUUGGUCAGCUCUUUCCUCGACCUCUUUAUGGUCAUUCGACAGAGUGCUUCUGAUAGGGCCACCUGCAUCUCAUAGUCUGAACAAAACCAAGACCCAAGUCACAGUCACAGACAACUAUGCAUUUUUCAUACAGUGAAUUGCAUGCCAUAAAAAAACUGAAAAGUGUCACUCACCGCCCACAUUGAGAAUUACUUUUGCAAAUUGUUCACUGGAGGAAAAAAAAAAACGUCAAACUGAAUUAAAAUUCUGAGGAUGUGCAAGUGAUGUCAUGACUGUAUCGGUAAAUGCCGAAUUUAAAAAAAUGAGAGGGAGAUGAAACCGGUGAUCUGCAUCGAUACAAGGUUGGAGAAUAUAGAUCCUUAGUCAAUGUGGUAAUUGGGACAUAAUUCACUGGGUCGUGUUAAUUGGUGCAUGCAAUGUAAAACAUUUAACUGUUUUGCAACGGUAAAAGAAAUGGAGCAUUUCAUAUGGGAGAAUUCCAUGUAGUCACUCCCUGUUUCAGGCCGUGUUCUUCCGCUUGGUGCCUGAUGAACACGAUCUUGAGAAAGAAAAUAAAAGUGCAGUGUAGACUAAAACUAUCCACUAGGGGGCAAUGCAUUCUCAGACAACCAAUUCAUUGUUGGAAAGGCCUCCUCUCCAUGUUCUCGUAUUUACAGGAAUCUGUCAUGACUGAAAGCUUACAGGAGUAGACAAUGGUCUUUGGACAUGCUCAGUUUCCUCCUCUCUUCUUUUGUGGUAUUGUCGAGGAUCGAGUUAAUCGUCCUUAUAGCCUGAAUGGAUAGAAAGAAAACAGUGAAGAACAAUGUAACAUCCAAAAGAAUUGCAGGACGUUAAUGUUUAGAAAAAAUAUAUCCCGUUCUUUAGUAACAUUUUUCCUGCUUUUCUAUUAGACAAUCUCCCUUUUUAGUGAACAAAAUGUAUUUCUUCAUAACCUUCUGAACCAACAACAUCGCUCUCAAUGACUGUACAGCCUUACCUCUAAUCUCAGACUAAACGUGACGUCUGGGUCAGUCCCAACCACUCCAACAUGCAGCAGGAAGACACUGGUGAGCUGACCUCUGUCUUUCCCCCCCAAAACAAACAGCAUUACUGUAGCUACCAGCAUAAAACAAAGCAACAUGGCAAUUGUGUAAUGAUCAAAAUUAGAGAAAAAGCUCACCUUCAAUAGAAGGAGGCAAACGCUGAAAAAUGAGGUGAAAAAACAUUUGUAUUUAGUUGGCUGAUGCAGUGAAUAACAUUGGAAAUGUAUUCUAAAUCGACCCUAGACCAGGGCUCUCCAACUGUUCUUUUAGAGCUGCCCUCCUGUAGGUUUUCCACUCCAACUCCAGUUGUAACUAACCUAAUUCAGGUUAUCAGCUAAUUAUUAGAAUCAAGUGUGCUAGAUUAGGGUUGGAGCAAAAACCUACAUGACUGUAGCUCUCCGGGAACAGGGUUAGAGAGCUCUGCCCUAGACACUUCUGUAGAUCUGAAAUGAUUUGAUAAGGAUAACGUCGCAAAAUUCCUGUAACUUUUCCAAAAUUCACGGAUUUCCUGCUUAUUCCCUCCUGAUUCCAGGAGUCUUCAAACCAGGAUUUCUGGACAACCUGUUGAGAAAGUUUGUGGAAUUUUGCAAACCUAGAUAGGAAAGCAACAUGGCAAACAACUCACCCAGCCUAUCAUAAGGCAAAGUGAAGUAAUUAACAUAUUGGUUAGACAUCCAAUAUUUUCAGAUCUACAUGAGUGGGUAGGGGUUGAUUUAAAAUUUGGACAACUCACACCUUACCAGGAAAAAAUCAAAAAAGGUCUCAAUAAGGCUGAGCAGGUCCUUCACGCCUUUGUAUUCUUCCAUUUUCAGAAAGUCUGCAGCUCUUUCAAACCACAUCAACAUGUGGAAAUGAACAAACACAGUCAAAUAGACCCAUCAGAACCCGAUAGAUUACAUUUGAAUGUUAAACACAUCUUUGGAGAUUUAAAAUAUAUUUUUCUUGGUAAAAUACUUAUCUUGUAAACGAGACCUUGCCUGGCCAGGCAGUUAAAGCAGUCUUCAUCACACUGGCAUACAUCUUCAAUUGCUCUCAAAAGCAAAGUGACACUUUUGAACACAGUUCUGUCCAGUUCCUGCAAUCCACAGAGGAGAAAGGGGAAGAGAAUUUUGUUAGAAUUGUGAACCCUGUUCAGCACAUUUAUUGUGGAACCAAUAUGCUUUGGUAAGGUUUUACUGAUCAUUGUUUUAUAUGAAUAGGCUACUUCAAGCAGGAAUUUCAUACCCAGAAAGGGUUAAAUGUAAUUUGAUGAAUGUGAGAAAAUAGGCUACCUUGUUAGCGACUUUGUUCAAUCUGUUAACCAACGACUUGGAGGCUUUCUCCCUCAGAAGUGCUGCUGUGAUGGCUCCAACAUUAUUGCUGACGAAAGCAUCCUCCAAAAUUAUUUCGAACUGAUAGAAAAUGUGAAAAAUACGCAUAGUUUUGAGAUAGGCCUAUAGUUAGCGUUACACCGCUGGUCUCUUCAAUGGGGUCCUAUUCACUAACAUAAGCAAAUCUAAAUACAUUUCCAUAAUUUACCAUGUUCUACGAUAAUAUUGCCGUUUUUUAGGCAGCUAGGCAAUAAUUCACGAAGAAACGAUUGCAUAUAAUUGUUAAAAAAUUAACAAACUUACGUUCAUAAUUAGCGGUGUGCGAGUGUAGCUAUAGGAACAAUUUUGCCACAGGUGAAUCUAAUUAGUGAACUAUCGCUAGAAAAGACGCGCAUGAAGGGCCAUGAUCUGUCCAAAUAAAUACAUGUUGUAAUCUCAUUCCUUUUCGUUACGGGUAAUUCAAACUUAACUCAGUGAAACUGUGAAAGUUUUCUUGAUAACAGCAAUCUGAAUCCAUUAUUGUGUUUGAAAGUAUUUUUGGGGCGGAAAAACAUUAGGUUUUUUUGUGUGUGAAGCCAUUCGAUCUUAUUUGCAUAAUGAGGAUACAUAAUGACCAAACAAACAUCUAAAGUUGUGCAUAACAUUGGAUUUUUUAUAAAUUAAAAUGGGACUUUCACAGUUAGUGGUAAAAAUCCCCAAUAAAAACAACCGUUCUAUCAGAUCUUUCAGCAAUGUGACGGAGUUGAAGUUAGACAAAAAUCUGACUAUUUGUCUUACUGAGUUGACAAAUUAAAAUGUUCUACUUCAUUCAAGUGGUAUACACAGUAGCAAUUUUGUUUUUCCUCAGUUGCUGUAUGACUUUAAAACCUAAUUAAAUGUAACAUAUUUGAGCCUAAAUGCAUAUUCUAGUUUAACCUAUCAGUCAGAUGUUGCUGACAGUUUAUGGUUGUGACCUUGGUGAUUACAAUAUUGUUUGUUUAAAUCUAUCAACAGUAGAGAACUUUACAGAGUGGUCUUGUUGCACUACAUGUAACAAGGACAUGAAUAAGGGGUCCUUAUGUUAUAGCUGACCCUACUCAUUACUGUUUAAUUUUGGACAAAUCUGACAGUUGACCAAAUCUCCAGACACAUAUUAUAGGAAUCACAGUUUUGAGAGAAAUAUUCCUUAGUCACAGAGGGCUAUUGCAAGAAACUACAUAAGAUCCUUUUCCAGUUAAUAUCCAUUAUGGCCAGUUAAUUUUUUUUAUUGUAAACACUUUUUUGGAGAGUUUGAGGGGCAGGGGCUUACCUCUGGGGCGACCCCAAACAAACGAUUAAAUAAAUAGACUAAAUAAAUAUAUAUAAUAUAUAUUUUGUUAUAUGUUUGGGUUGGAUGGGGGUGCUACGCCAGUGGUUAUAUUUAGGUAUUCUGGUCAUUCGCUCAAUGAAUAGCCUAAUGUACAGCAAUAGAUUUUAAUUUCACAUGAAGGAGAAUAAUAAUCGGGAAAAGUACAUUUAACCGUAUACAGUAGCCUAUGUUUUGAUCAGCCUCAAGUUGUAACAGUGCCAAUUUGGCGGAUGGAAACAUGCAAACAAACCCCUGACAUGCUUCACAUGUGUAUUAUACUCUGACAAAUGCUGUCGGGAAAAGAUCCAAAUUCUGAUUCCCGAAUAAAAUAAAGGUGAACAACAUUCUACAAUAAAACAAUAGGUAAAGACAUGGGUGUAGCCUACAAAAAUCUCUAAAACAUGACAUUCGUUAACAAUGCCGAAUGAUUGAUGCUUUGUUUAUUGUUAAUGUGCAGCCCCAGCUGUUUUGAUGUUUACACGUCAGUGUGGCUUUAGGUUUACAUACAACAACUCUUAAUGAUCUCAGAUAGAUCACUUGUUGACACCUGUCAAUGUAGGCUACUUGUGUAACCCGUUGAAUGUUGCUAUUUCACAUUCAGAUUAUUCACAUAUAUUUUUGCUUAUUUAUGAGUUUAGAGGACUCGUUAAUCCUAACCAACAGGUUUGAAAUUUACAACAGAUCAUUUUCCUGUCAGAACUGCAAGCAUCAUCGAAAAAAAAAAUCUGAUAGACACACAGAAACAGCCCAAGCCAUUUCCCAUCGUUUGUGGGCGGCCUUGGGUAAUUUCAUGACGUCUGUGUGUAUUCAAGAUCAACAUAGAGACACAGCAUAUUAGCCUAAUAGUUUUUGAUGUUUCAGGCAUACACAGUGCUAGAAAGAAACGUUCGGGGAAACGGACAUGCAGUAAGUGGAGGUCAGUGCCACGGAUCAGGUGAACUGAAAGUGCACAGCGCUUAGCCUCAACAGAGCUGAGGCUAGACAUAUUUCCUAGUCCUGCCUCCUCAUUUACAUAGACGAGACAGCCCUUACCUACAGUCAUUCACCUUGCUAUUCCGGUGGCAUCGCGUGACACACUCCCCAGGACACAAGGGAGUUUUGGAUUAACACCGAGAAAAGACAGAGGAAGUCGGAUGAAGAUCAUGUACUUCUGGACAUAUAUUCUCUAAUUAUUUUUCCUUUUUAGCGUUGUCUGUCAUAUGCUUUAUUUUUGACAAAGAAAGUGAUUUCGUAAGGUGCGCGGCUACGGGACGGUACCUGUAUUGGUGGGUCCUGCUAUGAGUCAAGUUCAAAACCGUAAAAUUGUGAGAUUCUAACAAGAUGUCAAAGUCCUCGGAUCAGUUUGAAGACCCCGACUGUGUUUCUUCCUUUGGUAUGAAGUUAACGUGGGAUAUCAACGACCCAAAGCUGCCUCAGGACACAAAGCAGUAUGACGCUUUCCAGGAGUGGACGGAUGGGUAUGUUCGUUACAUCUACACCGGCGAGGAUAAGAACGCACAGCGGCACCUGAGCGGAUGGGCCAUGCGGAACACCAACAACCACAACUGUCAGAUUCUCAAGAAGUCCUGCCUCGGUGUAGUAGUCUGUGGCCGAAACUGCACGCUGGCUGACGGAAGCAAACUCCAGCUCCGACCGGCUAUCUGCGACAAAGCACGACAAAAACAACAAAAGAAGCUGUGCCCCAGUUGUAACUCUGCCCUGGAGCUGAUGCCAUGCAGAGGACACAGUGGCUAUCCCGUCACCAACUUCUGGAGAAUAGAUGGAAAAGCUAUAUUCUUCCAGGCGAAGGGGGUCCAUGACCACCCCAGACCAGAGAGUAAGUCUGAGACAGAGGUCCGGAGGAGUGCAGUGAAGAGGAGGAUGUCCUCUCCACACUUCUCCCAGAAGAGGAGGUUGAUGGAGCCAGAUACCGGGAGAUACCACGACCUGGGUGCUCCUUUCCCCAACCUGCACCAGCUGUCCUGCAUGGAGGGCCCGGACCGCUUUAGCAUCAUCGCUGAGUCCAACUUCCCCAUCCAGACCCAGCACUACCCUCCCUUCCAAAACCCUGAGCCCUACAAGUUUGCCUACGAUUCCCACGCCAACAUGGGUGAGGCCCCAUCCACACUCCAGAAGCAGGCCAACCACCGUCUGUACAUGCCCCGGCCUCCGUGUGGCUACGACUUUGCCGUGCCGAGCUAUUUAGGCUCGGGCUCCUACACAGCCCUCUAUAAGGACCCCAGUAGCCCCCAGACGGAGACCCCUGAGCCCAGCAAGGUGAGCUCGGGCCUGGGUACCAGCACUGCCACACCCCACACCACCGGGGUCCUUUCUGGCCACGACCGCAACUAUGACACGACCAGCAAGCACCACGGCUGGAAACAGAUCUUGGGCAAGGGGACGUACAGCGAGCGGGGCGAGUACGGACAGUUUCCUGGCAACACCAACCACCACUACUACAACAGUGAGUACCCGUGCAGGUACCCUGGCCCAGCGCCAGCCACGCCCGCUGCCCUGCAGACCAUCAUCACCACCACCACCAAAGUGUCCUACCAGCCAUGCCCCAAGUCCUCUGUGGUCAAGUACGGCGACAACAUCUACGACGUCAAGGGCCUGCCCAGCUGCAGCUCCCUGCUCGAGGAUACCUCGCCCACCUCUUACUCCGAUCUCAAGAUUCCUGAAGAUUCUGGGGUCAUCAAGUCUGCGCUGUCGUACCAGCCGGAAACCCUGCCAGCUAAAAUCGAGAGGGCUGAGAACUUUGACACUUACCGUUACGGCAACUACGCGUCCAAUAGCUAUCCCGACAGGGUUUCUCAUCCAUUUAGAUACGACGGAGGGGACUACUGAUCAAAGAGGAAGCCACCAAAACAAUAACUGUGAUUUGAUAGUUAUGCAAAUGUUCAGAAAGAACGCUUGGGACAGACUUUCUGCCACCUUUUAUCAGGUUUGUAAAGCUCUAUUGUUAUUUAUAUAUUUGAGGUGUUGGAUUGCAUUUGGACUGCUAGUGAUGACGCUACAUUGAGUCUAGACUCUUCAAGGAUGUUCCCAACAUUUCCCCAUUUAAUGCAUAAGAAAAAGCCACAAAGUAGUUAUUAUUGCCUUUGGAUUUAAAAAAAAAAAAUUGGAUUAUUGUGUUUGUAGAAUAUGAAUAAUAUGUAUUCUUAAGGUAUUUUGUCUGUUACAACAUCACAUCAUAUUCCUAUGGCACUGAAAUAAAUGUUCUAUAGACUGGGAAUGGCCAACAAAGUAUAUUGAAAAUGCUUGUGGUACAGUGCAACUGUAAAUGCAGUCUUCAACUGUACAGUUUGUAAACAUUGUUAUGUGACAUAAAAAUUCAAUGAGCUCCCACCAUA